AUGAAGAGACCCCAGCAAAAUUUCGACACCGCUGCAGAAAAGGGAUCUGAUUACGAUCUCUUCAAGCGGAACAUCACGAAUGGAUCGAAUAGUGAAAAAUUGCUGGCCCUCUCGAUGGUCCCGUUUUUGGUUGAUCAGCACACCACCUUUUCUGCCAUUAUGAAAUGCCUACCGGAAAAUAUAUUGGCGAUUCUUUUGGAAAUCUUUAAGGCAACAACGACGCAACUUGAAAACGAAAUUGUGGCAGGAAAUAUUUCGCACCACAAGGACAGCACUGUUGAUUUUUCGCUUCCAAACGAAGCCCUUGAUGCGUUGUCCUCUUUGCUUUUGGUUGAGGAUUUCUUUACUUUGCCAAAGGAAGUUAAUGAACUAUGCUCCAUACUAUCCGAAAACCUCAAAAUAAUGGAGUUGAUGACGUCUUUAGAUGCCACCACAUUUCAACCGUUUGAAUACGAGUGGAUGUCCUUUCAGCUUGCACUAUUUAAAAUUUUGAAUUCGCACGAAAAUCCGGCUCUGACCGAAUUUUUGAAAAGCCAGCUUACCACUAUUGUCAAAUAUUUGAAGCGACAGCUUUGCUUGAAAGAAAAUCCGCAAGAUUCUAAAUACACCGCAUAUUUGUUGCUUCUGAACCUGAUUACUUUUUCAAUUAAGAACACUUGCUUGGCAUCUGAAUUUUUGAAUCUUGAAAUUGAAGCCGAAAUACUUGCACUGCUGAAUCGAUUUGCCGAUGGUAUUUAUUUGAUUUUUUUUUCAAUAGUGUUGCUUGCGUUGAAAACUAGCGAUCUCGCCAUAGGCGCGAGCUUUUCUUUGUUCCUAAAUGCUCUUUUCGAAGGCACGCCCAAAGAGCUGUCUUCAACGUCAAAAGACGAUAUUCUUUCUCAUCAGGUAAGUGCAAUAGCAAUUAUUUAUUGCCAGAUGUGUUGUUUAUUAUUGCUUGAAUUUUUUGAUUUGGCUCUAAAGGAGUUGAGCUUAUCUUGCUCAAGCAGCGAAGGCGUAGGCGCGCCCUUGGAACAACAGUCAAAUUGCAACAAAAAUUUCGAGUGUGACAUGGAAAAACUUUUUUCUGAUAAUGACGGUGAACUGGUGAGAGAUAUUGAGGGCCUGAGUGUUUCAUUGUCAGCAUGUCCCCUGCCAUCGAUGUCUAGAUUGAACACCAUUUUUGAGCGUGUCAUUCAAGAAAACAGUUUACUUCUUCAAAGCAUACUAAUCCGGUUUCUAACAAACAUCUCCCAACUGUGCAUUGUUGAAGAGAAAUGUGACGACAAGCCUCAAGAAUCCAAUUUUCCCUCGCUUUUUGAAAAGAUUCUAUCGCUCGUUGGGGUUUUAUGCGAGUUUUCUCCCUUUUUAGAUGCUCUCCACGUCCUGUCCGUUGAAUUGAAGAAGAUUCCCGAAUUUUCGGCGGAAGACCUAUUUUCGCUGUUCAAAGUUUCCCUGGUUUCGGAGUCACCCGUGUUUAAUGACGAGUGUCUUGCUGUGUUGAAAAGAAACAUUACCCUGAUCGACCUUUCCCAUUCUUCGUCGGCUUUAUCGACGACAACAAUAUUCGAGUUUCUAAACGCCGCUCUUUCAAGAUUUAAUUCUGGUAACCUGAACACUCAAUCAAUACUUUUGAUCACCAAAUUUUUAUUGCUCGUUUUAAAGUUUAUGAAGCUUGAGAAUUUGGCCACUGCCAAUGAGGCCGUUCUUUACACCCUGGACAUAGCAUUUGAUGUCAUCGGCUCCGAUCUGGUAUUUAACACUUUGAAGCAAAACAAUUAUAUCGCAACCGUAACAGCUACCAUGAAUGCGUUGCUGCUCGAAAUGAAACCGCUGCUGGGAUCUUCCGGCGGUAAAGCAAGAAUCCAUCCUCAACACCACAAGGAGCAAUUGAGGGUAACUCUGCUCAAUUUGAAAAGAUUUAUUUCUUAUUUAUCCCAAACUUAA